AUGCUGACCACCCUGAGCCCCCUGUUCCGCAACUCCCAGCUGGCGCAGUUCCACUUCACCAACAGAGACUGCGACUCCCUCAAGGGGCUUUGCCGCGUGAUGGGCAACGGCUUCGCGGGGUGUAUGCUCUUCCCCCACAUCUCCCCCUGCGAGGUGCGCGUGCUUAUGCUGCUGUACUCAUCCAAGAAGAAGAUCUUCAUGGGCCUCAUCCCCUACGACCAGAGCGGCUUCGUCAACGCCAUCCGGCAGGUCAUCACCACGCGCAAACAGGCCGUGGGCCCUGGCGGUGUCGCGGGUCCGGUUCAGAUCGUCAACAAUAAGUUCCUGGCAUGGAGCGGUGUCAUGGAGUGGCAGGAGCCCAGGCCUGAGCCCAACAGUCGGUCCAAGAGGUGGCUGCCCUCGCACGUCUACGUGAACCAAGGGGAGAUCCUGAGGACCGAGCAGUGGCCGAGGAAGUUGUACCUGCAGCUCAUCCCGCAGCAGCUACUGACCACCCUGGUGCCGCUGUUCCGGAACUCGCGCCUGGUGCAGUUCCACUUCACGAAGGACCUGGAGACGCUGAAGAGCCUGUGUCGGAUCAUGGACAACGGCUUCGCCGGCUGCGUGCACUUCUCCUACAAGGCGUGGUGCGAGGUGCGCGCGCUCAUGCUGCUGUACUCGUCGGAGAAGAUCUUCAUCGGCCUCAUCCCCUACGACCAGAGCAACUUCGUCAACGGCAUCCAGCGUGUCAUCGCCAACCAGCAGCAGGUCCUGCAGCAGAACCUGGAGCAGGAGCAGCAGCAGCGCGGGAUGGGGGGGUAGUGGCCACCCCCAGGCUGGGCCCCUCCAGGAGUCACAGACGAGGCCCCUGCUGAAACUGGUCAGAUGUCUCUGAGCAGGGGCCCCUGGGGAUGGCAGCUGCCCAGCGAGAUGGAGGACUGCGGCCGGAGAGUUCUCCAAGGACGGUCCCCACCCCUGUACGUGUCCCCAAUAAAGUCUUUUAAAAGCC